AUGACUACAACUCCAGUUGAAUUUAUUUUAACACCUAAUUCAAUAUUAGCGCCUUCGAUACAUCAUAUUGAAAAAGAUAUUGAUCAAGUUAUUAGGCAUUGUAAUAGUCUUGUAGAUAACAUGAACGAAAGAAAACAGACAAUCAUAGAAAAUGAUUUUAAUAAUCCAACAUUAAUCCGUCCUUGGUUAGACGAUAUGAUUAAUAAAGCAAAUGAAGUCUUGAAUGCUUUACUAAGAUUAAGGAAAUAUCAGUUAGCUGCAGAAUAUAGAAUACAACAUAGAUCUAAUGAUAAUGAUGGAAGAAAACGGCCAGUAUUUCAAGGUAGAUGCCAUUCUUGUAAUAUAUCAGAAACACCUGAAUGGAGAAGAGGCCCAGAUGGUGCUCGAACACUUUGCAAUGCUUGUGGUUUACACUAUGCGAAAUUAUCAAGAAAGAAGAAGGAAGAAUCAAUCAUAAAGGAUGAUACAAGUAUGAAGUGA